AUGUCUAAAACCGGCCGCUGCAUCAUCGACUGUGACCCUGGCAUCGACGACACCCUCGCCAUCCUCCAUGCCAUGGGCUCGCCCAAGGUUGACGUCGUCGCAAUCACCCUCACCUACGGAAACACAAACCGCGACAACGUGACAAAGAACCUCUUCACUGUCCUACACGUCCUCGGCAAGGAAGUCCACGCUUCUCGCACUUCGGACUUACCCGAGGGACAUAACCGUGCUCGCUUGGAGAACAUCAGGACCAAGAAGCCCGUUAUUUCUGUCGGCGCAACUAAGCCAUUAGUGGUUUCACCCGUGUUUGGCGAGGACUUUCACGGUCCCGACGGUCUUGGAAGGAUGCAUCUGAACGAUCCUGAUCUCGCUCCCUCGGACUGGGCCGAGAUCCUCGGACUGCUGGACCCUGAGAGAAUGGGCAAGGAGCUGGACUUUGCUGCUGGAGACCUCCCCUCAGAAAAGCUGUACACUCUGUCGAAGAGACUUGCUCACGACGAAAUUUUGUAUCAAUUGGAGCAAGCAGAGCCCAAGACGAUUACUCUUAUUGCCUUGGGACCUAUGACCAACCUGGCCUUGGCUUACGAGAAGGACCCUACUAUCUUUGCUCGUUGCAAGCAGGUCAUUUGCAUGGGAGGCUGCAUUGAUAACCCUGGAAAUGUCACACCUGUCGCAGAGUUCAACUUCCAUGCCUGCCCUCACUCGGUCCACACUAUUCUGAAGGCAACCGCAGAUCCUGACCCUGAAAAGGCAAUUACUCUUUACAUGUUGCCCACCGAUGUCACGCACACGGUGUCUCUGAAGUCAGAGGCUAUGAAGCAAUAUGUCGCGCCUCUGGGAACGCCAUUGUCGAAGUUUUCCAUUCUCUUGCUGGGAUACCUGUUUGACCUGUUGGUCCAAAAGUUGAACUACACGGCCAUGAACUUGCACGACCCUCUUUGCAUUGGAUUCUUUAUCGACCUGGAGAGCGAAGCUGAUCACACCCAGGUCGGCUGGAAGGUUCAGGGGCGCGAUAUCCGCAUUGAGGCUGAUGGCAGUCUCACCCGUGGGAUGCUUGUUGUUGACCGCCGAAUCAAGAGCACGAAGAGUGCUCCUGGUGAGCCUUCUAAAACACAGGUUGUUGUGCAGGCGGAUGCCGAGAGAUACCUUGCCUCGAUGUUUUACGACAUCUGGGGUGCGUCUUACCCUUGA